GGCGAACGGUCACCGUCCCAUUUGAACCGUCCGACGUCCACCGUCCCCGCCGUCGACGCAACCAGCUGACCAUGGCUGGCCUUCAGCCUUACGUCGACCACCGCGUUCUUCUCAUUCUGCAGGACGGCAGGGCCAUUGUGGGCACGAUGGCGGGGUACGAUCAAAAGUCCAACGUUGUCCUCUCGGACAGCAAGGAGCGAGUGUAUAGUAUUGAGGAGGGUGUCGAAGAGAUCCCGCUGGGGCUGUACCUCGUAAAAGGAGACCAAAUUGUGCUCAUCGGAGAGCUUGACGAAGCGACGGACAAGGCUGUCGACCUCUCAACCAUACGCGCCGAGCCGCUGCCCCCAAUACGAUACUAGCAAUGUCGAUCGACGCGCCAUCACAUCCAAUCGCGAUGCCCUAUGCUUAUGUCUCCGUUUUACGCCAUGAGUCGCAUGCCGGCGAGCUGUCGCCAAUAUCAGUAGGACCACGCCACUGGCAUCUUAAUGGCCACCUCUCCGCACGAACGCAGUCCUUCCCAGGAACGCCGACUUGUCGAAGACUUGGAGAGGGGUCACGACGUUGGGAAGGGAUGAGGCGGAGGAACGAAGUGUUGGACAGGGACGCUCAGAGGGGCCAGGCAAGGUAGUGCCACGAAUUUUGCGCUGCUAAAUGCAUGUAAGGAAUCGAAACUUGGUCAGCAUAACUAUCGCGGUAUGCAAUACGUCCCCUACCCCGUGAUUGAACCCAGC